GAAAACAAGCAUUUAUUAUCGUUAUUAUAGCGCUUUUAGACGCCGCUCGUGAUAAAAUCCUCCAAAAAUGUCUGGUGUUAUGCCAGUUAACCCUAAACCCUUUUUAAACAACUUGACUGGGAAGCCCGUUAUUGUAAAAUUAAAAUGGGGUAUGGAAUAUAAAGGCUUUCUGGUUGCCGUUGACGGCUAUAUGAACCUUCAGCUCGACAAUACCGAGGAAUAUAUUGAUGGAGCACUUUCAGGAAAUCUAGGAGAGGUUCUCAUUAGAUGCAAUAAUGUUUUACACAUUCGUGGUGCUGAUGACGAGCACGAAGAAGGAGAAAUGAAGGAUUAA